GAGCCUGCGCGCGAGCAGUGGGGGUCAGUCGCGCUUAGGGGAGCAUCGCGGGCAGCUGCGAGGAGGGGCUCAGGGCUGGGGCGUCGAGGGAGGAAGAUGCCGGCCACAGACCUUGUGAUGUUGAAGGCCUUUGAGCCUUACUUCGAGAUUUUGGAAGCAUACUCCACCAAGGCCAAGAACUAUGUCAAUGGACAUUGUACCAAAUAUGAGCCCUGGCAGCUCAUUGCAUGGAGUGUCACGUGGACCCUGUUGGUAGUCUGGGUCUAUGAGUUUAUUUUCCAGCCAGAGAGUUUAUGGUCAAGGUUUAAAAAGAAAUGCUUUAAAAUCAUCAGGAAGAUGCCGAUUAUUGGUCGCAAGAUCCAAGAAAAGUUGAAUAAAGCCAAGGAAGAUAUCAAUAAGAAUAUGUCCUUCUUGAAAGUGGACAAAGAGUAUGUGAAAACUCUGCCCUCCCAGGGUCUGAGUGCACCUGCUAUUCUGGAGAAACUCAAAGAAUACAGCUCCAUGGAUGUCCUCUGGCAAGAAGGGAGAGCCUCAGGAACAGUGUACAGUGGGGAGCAGAAGCUCACAGAGCUGCUGGUGCAGGUUUAUGGAAAUUUUGCAUGGAGUAAUCCACUGCAUCCAGAUGUCUUCCCAGGACUGCGUAAGCUAGAAGCAGAAAUUGUGAGGAUGAGUUGCUCCCUGUUCAAUGGGGGUCCAGAUUGCUGUGGGUGUGUCACUUCUGGGGGAACGGAAAGCAUCCUAAUGGCCUGCAAAGCUUAUCGGGACCUGGCCUUAGAGAACGGGAUCAAGACUCCAGAAAUUGUGGCUCCCCAAAGUGCCCAUGCUGCAUUUGACAAAGCAGCCAAUUACUUUGGGAUGAAGAUUGUGCGGGUUCCACUGAACAAGAUGAUGGAGGUGGAUGUGCGGGCCAUGAGAAGAGCCAUCUCCAAGAACACUGCUAUGCUCGUCUGCUCCACCCCACAGUUUCCUCAUGGUGUGAUAGAUCCUGUCUGCGAAGUGGCCAAGCUGGCUGUCAAAUAUAAAAUACCUCUUCACGUGGAUGCUUGCCUUGGGGGCUUCCUUAUUGUGUUUAUGGAGAAAGCUGGAUACCCACUGGAGAAGCCAUUUGACUUCCGGGUGAAAGGUGUGACCAGCAUUUCUGCUGAUACCCAUAAGUAUGGCUACGCCCCUAAAGGCUCAUCAGUGCUGCUGUACAGUGACAAGAAGUAUAGGAGCUACCAGUUCUUUGUCGGCACUGAUUGGCAGGGUGGCAUCUAUGCUUCCCCAACCAUUGCAGGCUCACGACCUGGUGGUAUUGUUGCAGCCUGUUGGGCUUCCUUGAUGUACUUCGGUGAGAACGGCUAUGUUGAAGCUACCAAACAGAUCAUCAAAACCACUCGCUUCCUCAAGUCAGAGCUGGAAAAUAUCAAAGGCAUCUUUGUUUUUGGGAAUCCCCAACUGUCAGUCAUUGCACUGGGCUCCCGGGACUUUGAUAUCUACCGACUAUCUAACUUGAUGACUGCUAAGGGGUGGAACCUGAACCAGUUGCAGUUCCCCCCCAGCAUUCAUUUCUGCAUCACAUUAGUUCAUACCCAGAAACGAGUGGCAAUCCAGUUCCUAAAAGAUGUCCGGGAAUCUGUCACUCAAAUCAUGAAGAAUCCUAAAGGCAAGGCCACAGGAAUGGGUGCCAUCUAUGGCAUGGCCCAGGCAACUGUUGACAGGAAGUUGGUUGCAGAACUUUCCUCAGUCUACUUGGACAGCCUGUACAGUACUGACACUGUAACCCAGGGCAACCAGAUGAAUGGCUCUCCAAAACCCCGCUGAGCUUGGGCCCUUUCUGGUCCCAAGGGGCUUCUGGCCUUCAGAAGGUUCUCGGGAUAUGCAACAGGCCACACACAACUUUGACCUCUGGUCCUGCUCCUUAGGGCACGGGAUAGAUCAUAUAGCAGUGUUGGCCUCAGAAUGUGGGUUCUUCUUUUGUUACCUUUGUGGGUUUUCAAUUUGAAGACCCAAAAGGAUUCUUUGUGGUAUAAUGAAUUUGCCCUUGUAAUGUAAAUGUUGCCCUAGGGAUUGUUUGGGCCAUUUUCUUGUCUAACUUCUCUAGCUUUCAUCUCUACUUAAUGUCUACAUGGCCAUUCUUACCUGUCCUGAUUCCUUAGGGAAACCUCAGGCAGAUGUUUUGAUGGCCAGAUAGGAGGCAUUUUUGUAACUGAUGUUUCCCCAGGUGGGUGUUAGGUGUGUCCUGAGAAGGAGGCCAUUUUAGCCCUCUGUUUGCGAGUAGGUCAGUUGUCUCUUAGUAUCUCUUUCAUUGCCACUCGUUUUAUUUUUCCAGGGCCCAGGUUGGCCAAGUGGUUGUUCCCUGUGGUGCAGGGUGAGCAACUGAGCACACAGCUCAGUCUCCUAGGGCAGGCUGGGAGAGCUUCGGGCCCUGCUUCACCUUGGUUGCCACCAUCUUUGGAAGUGCUUGCUGGCAUAUAUGCCCAUUGCUUUGUUCUUCCUGUUGCAGAACAGGAAAGGAACGUGGUUUCCAGAGAAUUACGGAUUUAUUGGCUGAGCAUUGGCAGCGGUCAGUGCACAACUGGAUCUUCCACUGGAUGGUGGUGGGAGAAGUCAGACCCCUUGCUGUGCUCUCCUGAACAGCAGCAUAGCUGAGCACCCAGGCUCAUGUCUGUGUUGGUGGUGGGCCUCCCUCUCCCAUUGCCUUAAGCCAUCAUGUAAUGAGAGUAUGUUUUCUUGAAGGAAAGGCUUGACACCUCCAUAAGCUGCCUUGACUUACCUGAGGUGAAAGUGAGGAUGGUGCAGGAGACAUUGUUUUCUCCCCAAGAGUGCACUUUUCCUGCCUUUACCCUUUAUCAGCUUCCAGAGGUACUAUGACAAGUUACCUCAGGUACGGUUCCUUCUUCUGCCCUGGCUGAUGAGCAGUGUGGGAUGGGGUCAUCUUUUUGGGGGCAGGCAGUCAUACGAGGGCCAGGCUAUCCUAUUACCUGGAAUUGGUUUGUAAAACCAGUUUGCUCAGGGUGGUGCAGGACUAAGCCUAAACCCUGGGUCUACUUCCGACUUUCUCUGUUUUGGGGAGCCACUGUCCUGAUCUCAUGACAUCAUACCAUGUGCCUUUCUCUUCAGCAGGGAGCUGUUUCUGACCCAGGCCCUAGAGGAUGGGCCAGGCUUGAGGUUUCUGUUUGGGUAGGAGAGAACUUAGGACUAGUCAGGAGGAACUUUGCUGCGUUCCAUUCCCCUGCUCAGGGCUCCUGAAUGCUCAUCCUUUCCUGGCUUCUGUUCUCUAGCUGUGCUCACUGGGAAUAUGGGCAAGAGGAGCCCCAUACCGGGCUUUCCUUCUGGCAUGUUUGUUGCAAGCAGUCUUUCUUGAACAUUGUAUUUCUCCUGAGGAACUGCGAGUAGCUGACCAUGGCUUUGUGUGGUGUGUGUGUGUCUGUGUGUCUCUUUGUCUCUUUGCCUCCUGUUUCCCUUUCACAGUACACCGUGGGGUUCAGGAGUGGUGGCUAUUCUUGUGUACAGGUGUCAGGGAGCAACUGAAAUCUGUAGCUUACCUCCUUCCUUCAAGGACAGAGCCUGUGAGGGCAGCUGUGAUCAAAGCUGUGUGGUGGUUAUCUCAGGACUCCAGUGCAUCAUGUUGGAGGAGGCCCCAGGGACCCAGAGCACCUCGAAGGCACUGCUGUGGCUUGCCAGCAGCUAACACAGAGAAUCAUGUGACUUUCAGUUUCCCUGGGACCAGACCUGAGCCACUCACUCCUCUGUGCUGUGGCUGUGACAGCAUUGGUGCAGGAGGGGAGGAGGGGCACGUGGGGGGUGGGUGGGAGAUAUGUGUUUUUCAAAGGGACCUACCAUAGCCACUUUUAAUUGUGAUUCUGAGCCUUAGUUUGACUUAACGCUUUUGUGGGCUCUUCAUUUUGUGUAUGUAAUUUUAUGUGUGCACAUAAACCUAGUCUGUGGCCGAAGUGGGUAGAGUGACUAUGAUAUCAUGUUGUUAACAGGAGUCACAUUGGCUUCUGCAAAGUCUGUACUGUCUUAGAAAGAAGUAGUUCCUGCGGGAUGUGACUCAGUGGUAGAGUGCUUGCCUGGCAUGUGCCAGACUCUGGUACCAUCGCCAGACAGAAAAGCAAAGCAAAGUAGUAGUCCUGUGAAUGUACUACCAUGUCACUUACAAUAUUACCAGUUUUAUACUUGGAAAAUGGUACUUGCCUCUUUUAAAUCUGUUUUUGCAUUUCUAACCUUCUCUUCCCCAUUCCCUUUUCUAAUUAUGGCAAUAAUUUCUUAAGAAGCAAUUAAAUAAUUAAAUGUCCCAAACUGUAA